UUUUUUGCUUUAAUCUUUUUCCAAUUGAGUAAUUAUGACAUAUAAGCUUAAAGGUGAGAAAUGUUUGUAAUAUGACCUUAAUAUUGUAAGAAGAAGACUAACCUUCAAGUCCGUAUUAUGUGAUUCAAACUAAAUAUUAACCUUACUUUUAAAAAAAAUUCAAUCGUAAACAUGAGUCCCCCGAAAUUAGAAACUAAAAGAAAAAGUUGGAGCGAAGUGAAUAAAACGAGAAAAGAAGAAAAGAAAAAAUGGAAGGAAAUGAAUUUAAUGAAAAAAAUGGAAAAGGAAAAACUGAAAGAGGUGGUAGAAAAACAAAAGAACGUAGAAAAUUCUCAAGUUACAGCUAAACCUGUAUCCACGCUUUCCAUUGCGGUGCCAGGCUCAAUUUUAGAAAAUGCACAAUCAGCUGAACUACGAACUUACCUUGCAGGACAAAUUGCCAGAGCCGCAUGCAUAUUUCAAGUGGAUGAAAUUGUAGUGUUUGACGAUUUUUGCGACGAAGCAAAUGCUAAAAAAUCAACAUUGGAAGACAACGACGGCGUUAAAGUUGCGAGGCAGUGUUGCGCACAAUUGGGAAGGAUUUUACAGUAUCUUGAGUGUCCUCAGUACCUCAGAAAAAGCUUCUUCCCAAUGCAUCCAGAUCUUAAAUUUUCUGGUCUUUUGAAUCCCUUAAAUGCACCACAUCAUUUAAUGGCCAAAGAUGAAUUCAUAUUUAGAGAAGGAGUUGUAACAAAUAAGCCAGUGAAACCAGGAAGAGGAUCCUUGGUAAAUGUGGGAUUGUUAAAAGAUGUACAAGUAGACAAAUUACUUGAACCAGGAAUUAGGUGUACUGUAAGAAUGUUACCUCAAGAAGCAGGUUCUAAAAAAUUUAAAGGAGUGAUAGUUUCCCCAAGUAUUCCAAGAAGAGAAACAGGUGUUUAUUGGGGUUAUACUGUAAGAAUAGCUAAUUCUUUAUCACAAGUGUUUUCACAAUGUCCUUAUAAAGAUGGUUAUGAUUUAACUUUGGGAACAUCAGACAAAGGAACUUCCGUGGAUGAAUUUGAGUGUCCAACAUUUAAACAUUCUUUGGUGAUGUUUGGUGGUUUACAGGGUUUAGAAGCAGCAGUUGAAAAUGACACACUUAUUAAUGUAGAUGAUCCAAAAUUACUUUUCGAUUGCUACUUGAACACCUUACCACAACAGGGGUCAAAGACAAUAAGAACAGAGGAAGCAAUAUUGGUAUCAUUAGCUGCAUUACGACCUAAAUUAAAUCCAGAGACAAAACCAAAAGAAUUUUCAGAAAAAAACUGUGGUUAUUACACAUCAAUGGAUACGUCUGUUACUGGACAAAGUGAAAAUAUUGACAACAAGAAAGAAGCUGAAUCUGAAAAUGACUUGAGCAGAUUUGAUUAACUUUACAAUUAAAAUAUUUUUUUAUUAAUUGCUUGCAACUAAUGUCUGUUUUGUAAAAAAUAUUAUGGAAUAAUAUAAUAAUAAUAAUAAAACAA